AUGGUCGUCCCCAACGCGGAAUCUCCGAGCAAAGCUGUGAAUCCGACCACAAAAAAGAUCGACCAGAUUGUGAACGGAAGAGCCAAGACUCUCCAAAAGUUUGUGAUAAGUCGGACCGAACGUCCGUUUAUCGUUCCAAAGCGAGCGAAUUUUGUAAAGUCUUUCUACCAGCCUCAGGUAAGUUAAUAAAAAUAAAUUCCCUUAUAUAAUAAAAACUCAUGUCAAAGCUAUCAAAUUCUAACGUCAGAUCUCCUUGAAAUCCUCCAAUCUCUACGGAUCCUUUAAAGUUAAUGGUUUCAAAGGCAAUUUCACAGUGGCUGGAAUGAAAAUUCAGCAUAGAAUUGGCCAAUACGUCGAUUACAUUGUCCACAAAGAAGUCGGAAGUCAUAGUACAACAUCCAGAUCAGCCGAGCAUAGAAAUUUGGUCUUCCGACAUCUAAAGAUGGAUAAGAAUCAAGCGAAACCUGGGGUUGAACAGCCGUUGACAAGAUGUCCAGAAGAAUAUACGAUGAGAUUAUGUAACAGUGACAGUGUGUACGAUCAUAUGAGAAUGUUGAGAGAGAUCUCUUUGCUCAAGAUGAUUUCUAAACAAGUGGAUAAUAAGAGAUUACAAGGGCAUUUCCUCAAGGUAUUUGAGAGGGGAGCGUUGAAGAAACUACUGUAUUAUACUACUCGAAGGACUACGGAGACCAGCGACAAAAAUUGUAUCUUGGCGUUGACUCCGAGGUAAGUUUAAGAAUUUCUAAAUGGAGUUGUUUCCAAAAGAAUGCAGGUACCUACAGUAACCCUAUUUUCAGACCAAAUCCCCGUCCCUUCAUUAUCUCCGAACCCCCAGGGCUCACGUUCGAAGAGCUAAUCAAACUCUCCAAGACCAAUUCCAUCGAAAUGAACUCUUCCAGACAUCUGAUUGUCGGGGUUCUCCAUACUCUAAGGGUUUUACACCAUCUCGGUUAUGUCCAUCGAUGUGUAACCUCGCAAACGUUCGGUCUUUGUAAGAGAAAUAAGAGCCGUUAUCUGAGUGAUCGAGUCCAAUGUCAGAGUUUAUGGUACGUCCGUAGAUACGCAAAGACCAAACCAAGAAAACGAGGGCCUUUUGUGGGAUCGUAUACCUUCUGGUAAGUGUAACAUCAAAAUUAGUACACUUUGUAGUUCCCUCGAAGCUAUGAAUGGAAUGGAACAUUUACCGAAUGAUGAUCUAACUUCAUCUAUGUACACGUUUGUCUACUUGACUCUCGGAUAUUUACCAUGGAUGAGGCCAAAAACGACAAACGUAAGAAGCAGUAAAAACUGUUAAAAAAACAUUACUUUAGGAUAUCUGGUCAGAGAAACAGGCCUUUCAUGAUGCUCCGAAGUCGUUCCCGGCAUCCACAAAUGUCGAAUACAAUAUUGAAAGACUUUCCGAGGCCUUUAAUCUAAUAAAUUCUCACAAUCCAUAGUAAGUUCUGCUAAGAUGCACUGUUAGACGUAUUAUUUUAGUAAGAAAGAUUACUCCAUCUACUCUAAACUAAUCGAAAUUUUGGGAAAAAUGGUCGAAGAAAAUGAAAGCAACAUAAAGAAGGACGAAAACUUCGUUUUACCAACAAUUGGGUAGGCCAUUAUUUAUAAAAUAAUGUUCUUUAGGGACAUUGACCUGGACGAUCUUCUGAAAUAA